AUUUCAUGUUGAGUUACUCCCCUUUGUUUCCUUACUGCAUUUGUAUUAUGUAAUUCCUGAGAAUCAAAAGAGCGAACAUUACCAGAUUACAGUUGCUGAAACACGUACAUACUGACUAGAACUUCACCAUGGCAACGUCUUCUGCCUCAGUUAGAUGGCGAGUACAAGGAAAUACUCACUUCUUCAGUGCGAGUACUACAAGUGUCCCUGUUGUACAGAAGGGAAGGUACCAGAAAGCCCUCGCAUGCUACGAGAGUGCUCAUUCAGUAGGGUCUUGUGAUGAAGAUAUUUCGUCCGCUGCCAAAAAUGUGGGAGUUACGGCAUGGAAAAUGGCAAAACUGGCUGUUGAUACAGGAGACAAGUGGCCUGUGAUAAAGGUAUAUUUGAAGCAGUCGUUAAAGUAUUUCAACCAUGCCUUCCGGAAAGGUAAAAGUUGCGGGAAAUCAAAUAAAUGGCUUGACAAUAUCAUCGCUCAAUGCAGGGGUUGUUGGGAAGAAAUAGGAAAUGCAACAGAAUCUUUGAAGGAGACUGAUGAAGAAGAUCGUAUAGUUACAAUCCGGGAAUGUAUAGAUUUUAUACCGACCAAUGACAUGAAAGCUGAAUGUUUCUUGGCCAUUGCCGAGUUUCAUUUCCACGAUGGGGUAAAGGCUGUGGCCUUAGGAGAUUACAAGAAAUGCUUGUGUAGCAUGCAUGAUUGUUUCUUCCCACUGGCGGAGGCACUAAAAUAUGGCCAGGGUGAGGAGAGAAUUCGGAAAGAACAUUCUGUACUGGAAACAGAUGUUAUGCUUAACAGAGCAUUGGCAGAAUCCAUGCAAUCCAGACAAACAGGUGAUGUGUUAUUAGAAAAAGUUCUAAAGGAUGAGGAGAUGUUGAACAUUGACAUGGUUUGGGAGAUCAUUGACUGGUACAAGAAUGCUAUUCUAAGGGCACGGGAUGUAGAUAUGAAACAGGAGGCCAUGGCACUCUACAAGAUUGGCUUGGUUUAUGAUAAAGUAUUCAAAGUGAAAUUCCGAGCAAAAACUUACCUGAAGAAAGCUCUGGAGCUUGCUCAGUCUAUGACCCCUCGAAAUUUUACCACAGAAGAAUGGUUCAAAGAUUGUACUUCCAUCCUUGAGAGGUACCAGCAAGAAACAGUCCAGUAUGAGCAGGAAAAAGACAACAAACUCAAGGAAGAAGCAAGGAAAAAGCUCAAACCGGAAAUUGAUGAACUGGACAAGCACGAAACUGACACCGUCUUAGAAUUCCUUCGAUUCGUGUACAAGAAAUAUCCACGAAAGAAUGCCACUCACAAACUAGAUGUGACAGAUGAUACAAAGCAAUUGGAAUUUGACCAGAGGUAUAAAUUACUUCAGAAAGCUGUCAUACAUUUUCAUCCUGACAGAGUGGUGGCCGAGGAAGAGGGACUAGAGGCGAAGCUGUUGAGUGAAGAGAUAACAAAACGUUUAACAAAGAGAUAUGAGAACAUAAAAUCUCAGAAGUGAAGGAAGGAA